AAAGAAUUCCAUCUGUACACACAGAGAGUUUGUGAUGAGAGCUGAGCGUUUUUGGUACAUGGGAUGGACUUUACUGAAGCCCAGAAUGCUAUCCUCGGACUUUUGGGAAACGUGUCUGUGGACGCUUUACCUAAAAUUAUCCAUUGGAUGAGAGCAAGCAGUGACUUUGAAGACUUCAUCAUUAGCAACAAUGAUGUAAUACUGAGAAGUAUUUCAGAGGACUUACGAAGCAGCUUACCUGUGGAUGCGAUGGUUAGCUCAGAGAGUCAAGCAAUUCAAACUAUUCAGAAUCUCAAGCAGCCAACUCUUCACGUCGAUGCUUUCCUUUAUGACGAUGAGACUGUUGAUACCUUGUGCAACGAGGGGAAGAUGAGUCGUAACUAUUGUUUAUCUUGCGGUUCUACACAUACUGCAGCCAUUGAUUUUUUGUCCCAUUCUUUUUCUCUUCUGGAGCUCAAGUUUCUUUUCCAACAUGUGUUACCUGACUUGACUGGGAAGACAUUAAUAGAUGUUGGUUCAAGACUUGGUGCUGUCCUGUAUGCGGGUUAUGUGUAUAGCUCAGCCAAUCAUUUAUAUGGAGUGGAAAUUAAUGCUGAAUUUUGUGAUCUGCAAGAGAAAACAAUACAGAAAUAUCAGUUUUCGGACAGAAUCAAGGUAUACCAGUCGGACAUAUGCAGUCAGAAGUCCCUUCUUCAAGAUGCAGAUGUGGUUGUCUUAAAUAAUGUGUUUGAAUAUUUUCUCGAGAAAGAAAACCAAUUGAAAGCAUGGGCUUUUCUGAAUGAGAACUUAAGGAAGAGAGGAACCCUUUUAGUGACUGUACCAAGCUUGAAGGAAUCUCUGGGAAAGUUACAGAUGAAUAUUGAUUUAGGUCAUUGGGUGGAAGAAAUUGAUUUGCACACAAACGUCUAUUUAGGAGAAGAAUUGGAUCAGCAAGCACUGAAUGACAUUCAUCUCUACGCCGUCCGAUAGCAGUGGUUCUAAUGUAGCUGGUUUUUGGUUUGGGACAGUUUGGUCAACUUAGAAAUACAGUAAGCCUCAGGGACACUACAUAUUAUUUAUUUACAUGGGGCUGUGUAUCCUACUUUAGGACUCCUCAACCUUUUACAGCUGACCGCCACUACUAUCAGGUUUACGUAAACCAAGUGCCCCUGAAAUUAAACUUUUAAGCCAAAACAUAUUCCCUUGUAGCAACUAUUUAGCAUCAAAUUCACAUAUACAAUGCAGGCAGAUUUUACUCAAAAUACACAGUGUUUGGUUAAUAUUUUACUUGCAAAAAAUACACCAGA